AUGUUUCUCUGUUCAACUGGACGAGCAGACAGCGUAUUGCUCGCUCGUAGGCGCAACUGCCGAGAGGUCUGCCUCGGCCCCACUGCGAGGCUGCAGCCGCCGCCGCUGCUGCUGCUGCGACCGUGCCAGAGGACGAGCGCUGCCCAGGCUGACUGCGGUGUACGCACACAGCCGCGCCAGCGGCGGUGGUGCGGGCCACGCGCCAGCGCCGAGCAGGUGGCUGCGAACGGCGGAGCGCCCAGCGCGACGAGUGCAGUGCCGGCGCCGUCGACGCCCACGGACGUAGCGGAGCUGUCGCGGCGCUCUGCGCUGCCUGCAGCGGUGCUGGACGCCGAGGCCAUUGAGCGCGUGCUCCCGCACCGCUACCCGUUUCUACUGGUGGACAAGGUUUUGGAGUGUGCGGCCGAGCAGCGGAUCGUGGCGGUGAAGAACGUCACGUACAACGAGCAGUUCUUCGAGGGCCACUUCCCGUCUGCCAAGAUUAUGCCUGGUGUGCUGCAGCUCGAGGCGCUCGCGCAGUGCUGCGGCCUUAUGCUGUUGAGCGGUCCAGACAGCGAGCCUGGGAGGCUGUUUCUGUUUGCCUCGGUGGAGAAUCUGCGCUGGCGGCGGCCGGUGCGUCCGGGUGACGUGCUCGUGAUGGAGUGCCAGGUGAUGGCGCUACGCAAGCGCUUUGGCAUCGCUAAGUGCCGCGGGCGAGGCUACGUCGAUGGCGAACUUGCCGUCGAGGCGGAUAUGACCUUUGCGUGCAACAAGUGA